GAAACUCCUCCACUAAAUGUCAUCAGACGCGUGGUGGAGCUGACUGAUUGUAAUAGCAGAUUAUAGCCACACCUCUUUGAGUGUAGACAUGAAGGAAGAAUUUCUGCAGGAUGGACAAAAUUCCUACGACUCAGGAGUGGGCAGGCAGGAAAAUGACGUGCUAUCCGAAGUAAAAAAAGAGGAGCAAGAAUGGGAGUGGCAGAGUGAGGAUGGUAUGAGAAAUGAAGAAGCCAGUGGACUGUGGAUGGAGCUAAAACAAGAGACGGGUGAGGCAGAUAUAACUGGAAAACGGCUCCAAACAGACAGAGGACAUAGUGAAAAAGUAGGCUGUGUGAAACAGGAAGAGGAAGACCUGUCACUUCAAGUCACUACCUGUCUGCUGAAUGAGCCUAGAGAACUAGUUCACCAACUCAAAAUAACAGACUCUUUGGUUGCACCUCCCCACCCCAAUACCAAUGUUGGGGCCCAGACGUUCGUAGGUACAUGGAAACGGGAAGAGCGCUUACCAGUGAAGAAAAAGAGGUCACGGAAACCGAAGAGAAAGGUGAAGACCCGAAAGAGAAAGAAAUCACUUUCGGAAUCAUCAAAGAAAGAUGCCUCUCCUGAACCCUCCAGUGGAUCUCAGAAUGGAGGGGACAGGACCACGCCCCUCUGCGAGCCCUCCAGCAGUUCUCCCACCCCGCCCUCCAGCUCCGAUCGCCCCCCGCCCCACGAGGACUCGCAGACGGACGGGGGCCCGAAACGCAGACGCACCUACCAGCCACACUGGCUGAGGGAGUAUCUGAUGGCCUUUGACCCGCAGCAGAACAAGAUGACCUGCAUGGUGUGCCACAGCUCGCUGGCCACCCUACAGCUCAGUACCAUCAAACGGCACGUCCGGCAGAAGCACCCCGGCUCACUGCUGCUGAGCCCCGCCGACAAAGAGGGGAUCUGCGGGAGCUGGGACAGGUGCUUGGACGCGCGGGGCGCUCCCAAACCUGCCUGCGCCCCAGCCGGGGCGGCCCGAGGACAGGACCCGAACCCCAGCCACCCGCCUGGCGGGACGACCGAGGGGCAGGUGGAGGAGUCGCCGGACAGCAAACGGCAUUCCGUAGGACCAACUGGUGAGCUGGCAUCUCAGGUCUUUGCCUGCUCCCAUUGCCCAUUUGUUCACGAGGAAGAAGAGAACCUUCGGCAGCACAUUAAGGAGGCUCACCCAGAGGAGCACAGCAGGACUCUGGACAGGAACCCACUGCCUCCCGACAGAACGGAUCGGCACCCCUCAAUAUUGCUUUCCCGUACAGGCAAACCGGGGAACUACAAUUGCUUCCUGUGCGCCGGCAGUUUCAGGUAUCCGUCACUCCUGAAAAACCACAUGCAAAUUCACAAAGGUGAGCCCCUGCACCUUUGCGUCCACUGUGGGAAGAGCUUCCAGCUGGAAUCCCAGCUGGCGGAGCAUCUGCAGUCCUGCCACGGAGAGCAGUUGUAUUCCUGCUCCCUCUGCGGGAAGACCUUUGCGUCUCAGUCGGACCUGAAGAGACACCGGUAUGUCCACACGGGGGAAAGGCCGUACGUCUGCUCCCAGUGUGGCAUGAGCUUCACCCUGGCGUUUACGUUGAGGCAACACCAGUCGAUCCACUCGGGGGAAUGCCCGUUCCAGUGCUGCUAUUGCGGGAAGAGUUUCAGGCGAGAGGUCCAGCUGACUCGACACGAGCGAACUCACACGGGCGAAAGCCCGUACCAGUGCUCCCAGUGCGAAAAAAGCUUCAAGUCGUCCUCAGACCUGACGAGACACAAGCGCAUUCACUCCGGGGAGCGCCCUUACCUUUGCUACCAGUGCGGGAAGAGCUUCAAUCAGUCGAGCAACCUCAUACAGCACUUGCAGAGCCAUUCCGGGGACCGCCGCUUCCCCUGCACGCAGUGCGGGAAGAGCUACAGUCGGUCAAGUACUCUGACUCAUCAUCUGCGGACUCACACGGGGAAGCGCCCGUUCCUCUGCUCCCAGUGCGGCAAGUGCUUCACGAAAUCCUUCAACCUGAAACAACACCUUAAAACUCACAGGAAAGCCUGACACACUAAUGCCGGGAUGAGGAAGAGUCUCGGUGUCUUGACAAAACAUCUUGCGUGUUUGACCUCAAACUCGUAAGAUGAGCAACGGCAUAUUGUGUACGCUCUGGCUGUGCUACUGCAGGGGUGUACAAAAUAUGCAUGAUCCACAUCAAAAAUACAGUGAGCACCAUAAUUCAUUUGACAGUUCGGGGCGGCCUGUAGCAUAGUGGUUAAGGUACAUGACUGGGACCCACAAGGUCGGUGGUUCGAAUCCCAGUGCAGCCGCAAUGAGACCCGCACAGCCUUUGGGCCCUUGAGCAAGGCCCUUAACCCUGCACUGCUCCAGAGGAGGAUUGUCUCCUGCUUAGUCUAAUCAACUGUACGUUGCUCUGGAUAAGAGCGUCAGCCAAAUGCCAAUAAUGUAAUGUAAUGUAAUGUUAAACUGUAAAAUAGUGCUAGUGUACCGAACCAAAAUAUGUUUAACUGUCCAAUGAAUUAUGGUGCUUAAUUUGUAUGUUUUAUAGGUUUGCAGAACAUUUCCUAUUUGUUGUUGUAUACUGACAUUACUGAAUGCCCUUAUCGAAUACCCAAGGUCAAUAAACUUCAUUAAUUUAUUGGGGCAGGAAAACAACUAAGAAUAGCGUUGCUUGUUUUUAUUUUCAUGGUGUGUCCAUUGUGCAAUGUGCAAUGCUAUUAUACUUUCUUAAAGAUCAUUUGCGGUGGCAAAGAUGCAUGCAUGUAAGGAGCAUAACACCUGGACCCUGGAGCAAUAUUAAAAAAGUGA